AUGCACGACCUCCCCGCGGAGAGCGACUGCCUCCUCCGCCUUCACCUCCUCUUGCUCCGCUGCCUCUUGCCCUCCUCUCCCCCUGCCGCCGCCUUUCCCUUCUCCUUCGCCUGCCGCCGCCACCGGUGCCGCCGCCGCCGCCGCUCCACCAACUACAUCCGGGCAACUCCGAGGCUGCGGCCUUCGGCAAACCUCGGCAGUUUCCGCCGCGCCCCUCCUCUGCCGCCCUCAGCCCGCCUCCCUUCCCCGCGCAGUUCCGGAAGGCCGCCUUCGGCAAACCUCGGCUCGCUCGGGUUUUCCUCUUCCUCUGAGGCCUGGCUCGCCGCCUGGAGAGCUCUCAGUUCUUUCCGGUUGCCGCUGCUUUUCCUCACGCUCACGUCCGGCCACUGCUAUUCCAGCUUAAGGAGAGUCCUGCCUGGGGACCCGCUUGAGGCUGGUUCUGGAGGCCCCGGGGUGCGUGGGGAGGGAGCCGUCUUCGGAAGGAGGACGGUGGGGCGCGAGAGAAGCCAUCUCGGACUAAGUACGGGAGGCUGGGCUACUGCGCGUGCGCCGAGACGGGGGCGGAGGAGGGGGGAGGGCGCCCUGGGGGAGCGCUCGGGCCGCCGGCUCCCGCCCCUCCGGGCCGGGCGGGCUGGGCGGGGUGGUCGCCAAACCCUCAGUGGGCGACGGGCGGACCGUGACCCUGGAGCUUCCUCAGCGAGCAGCGACAGGAGCUACCCUCGGGGUGGUGGGCAGCGCGCGACCGCUCCCUUGGGCCCUGUGCCCGGAACCGGACCUGGGCACCCGCCUCAAACCGGAUGCUUCGCGCGCCACCGGCCUGCGACGGGCCGGGGCCGCUUGGAGCUCCGCGCCGCUGGUGAGCAGUAUCACCUGACUUCUUUCCAUUUCUGAAGUGGCCAUAACUUUUAAAACUCAAAGCAAUAAG